AUUGUCAAAGAGAAAGAAGGAAACUGUAUUCAUCCGAAUUGCCCAAUGGGGACCGAGGCUGGAGCAAUUGCAGAGCGAAACUCCAUGGAAGCACUAGCGAAGCUCGAAUACCGCCAGACUCUAAUCAUCAAUCGAAUUUCGAAGCUCGAGCUCGCUUAUCUUCCAAAUCUCGACUCGGAACCUUCUCCUAUUUCCUCUGACAAGGCAGAUGGCGACACCGUGUCUCGACUCUCCACCAUUCUUCGAACCAACGCUGUCAAUGACUUCUCCUUCAACAGGGUUCCCUCUGAUUACUACGAUUGGUCUCUCGAAGCCCGACGGGACGUUCUUAAUGCCGCUUCGGUGGACCAUCUUUGCAAGAGCAUUGUUCUGGUAAAUACUCAAGCCCAAUCCCAUGUCGUUGAUUGCAGUAACCGCAACAAUUCAAAAUACUAUGUUGUUGUUGUUCAGUAUUCUGCUAAAUUCAAUGCUGAAACUGUUAGAAGCUUCCUGUAUUCACUCAACGAUGGAAAGAUACCAAAAAAGAAAUUCAACUUGAGACUUGCUCCAGAGGAGAUAUCUGCAGAGCUAACUGGAUAUGUGCAUAAUGCAGUGACAUGCAUUGGCAUGAAAACGGAUAUCCCAGUGAUUUUGGACGAAGCGAUUGCGAAACUAAGUCCUGAUUAUUUUUGGCUGGGCGGUGGGGAAGUCGACCUGAAGUUAGGUAUCAGGACAUCAGAGUUCAUAAACUUUGUUAAACCCUUCAUUAUCAAGUGUAGCUAGAGAAUCAGUUUUCAGCCAGUUCGCCCCUGCCCAAGCUCAACGACGACUCAACACAACCGACUAAUACCAACAGGAUCAAGGUUUUUAGUAUCGUUCUAUUUAAAUUAUUUCUGCUUCUGAGGAUCAAUUGUUUGGAUGGAAGCAAGAACAGAAAAAAAACUAAAAAAGUUUCAGUGCUUAGAAAUGGGAUUCAGCUACUUAGAAUGGCGGAAGUUGUUACAAUCUAACCAUUUAAUAGGCAUUAAUGAUUUUGAUUAAAGGACCACUUUCAACUUCAGCAAUUCAUUAUAUGA